GGACCACUCCAUCACCGCCGACCCUGCUCCUCCUCCUCCUCCUCUUCCUCCACCUCUCCCUGUCUUCCGCCGCUGCUCGUGCACAGCCGCAGUCCACACGCAUGGCGCUGCACCGUUAACGGCAGAGCCUCCUGUCGCUUCUUUCUUCUUCUUCUUCCUCCUCCUCCUCUUCUUCUUCCACCAUCUAUCCAUCCAACCAUCUAUUCGUCCGCCUCUGGCUCGCAGGCAGGAGCAGCACCAGCACCAGCACCAGCAUCACCUCCACUCCACAGCGUCCUUGCCUCCACCGGGCUGCCGUCUCUCUCCCUCAUCAAUAACAUGGAAACACAAGGCGGCGGUUCUUCCACCAUUUAGACCGGGAGUCUCUCCUCACAGAGUCAAGACGGGGGGCACAAUGAGUGAAGAGCUUCGGGUCAACCCCGGCUGGCUGACCCCUGAUCCCACCGCAUGGGCUAGCGGAGGUGGGGGACCCAUGGACAACAGCAGCAGCAGCCUGGGGUCGUUUCCACCUGACGUCUCCCUGCCACCCAGCCAGCUCCCUCUGCUGGUCAACCCCUGGGACAUAGUGCUGUGCUCCUCAGGGACUCUGAUAGCCUGUGAGAACGCCCUGGUGGUUCUGGUCAUCUGGCAGAACCCGCCCCCCCGGGCCCCCCUGUUCCCCCUGCCCGGGAGCCCGGUCCUGGCGCUGGCCGACCUCCUGGCCGGCCUGGGCUUGGUGCUCCACUUCACCUGUGCCUACUUGCUCCGCUCGGACUCGGCCCAGCUGCUGACCGUGGGCCUGGUGGUGGCCUCCUUCUCUGCCUCCGUCUUCAGCCUGCUGGCCAUCACCAUUGACCGCUACCUGUCGCUGUACUACGCCCUCACCUACAACUCGGAGCGGACGGCGGCCUUCACCUACACCAUGUUGGUCCUCCUGUGGGGUCUCUCUCUGUGUCUGGGUCUGCUCCCCGUCACGGGGGUCAACUGCCUGGCGGAGGAGGCCACGUGCAGCGUGGUGAGGCCGCUGACCAAGAACAACAUCGCCGUGCUGUCCGUCUCCUUCCUGCUGCUCUUUGGCCUCAUGCUGCAACUCUACGUCCAGAUCUGCAAAAUCGUGAUGCGCCACGCUCAUCAGAUCGCACUCCAGCAUCACUUCCUGGCCGCCACGCCUCACUACGUCACAACGAGGAAGGGCGUGUCCACGCUGGCCAUCAUCCUGGGCACCUUCGCCGCCUGCUGGAUGCCGUUCACCGUCUACUCCCUCAUUGCUGACUACACCUACCCUCCACUCUACACCUACGCCACACUGGUACCUGCCACCUACAACUCUGUCAUCAACCCUCUCAUCUACGCCUUCAGGAACCAGGAGAUCCAGAAGGCUCUGUGGCUGGUCUGCUGUGGCUGCGUGCCCGCCAGUGUGGCCCACAGGGCGAGGACUCCUAGUGACGUCUGACAGAGCAGACCCAGGUGGACAGAGAGAGGUGGCCUGGGUCAGCUCUGCUCCUCACUGGGUCUGUCCAGUGUCACAGGGAGCAGCAGCAGCAGCAGCAGUGGCGGCAGCAGCAGCAGCAGCAGCAGUGUCGGGGGGGCGUGGCCCGGGGGCAGUGGCAUCAGCUCAGGCUGCAGAUUUGUCCCUGGGGGGCAGUUUGGUUAAACAGACUGUCACAGUGCGACUACACAGAGGUUGUUGUUGUUCUUGUUGUUUCCUACAGUCACCACGGGGCGUGUGGAUCUCACUCACAGUCUUCCCCUGUAAAGGCAGCCACUGCGUGGGCUGCGCUGCAUCACGCCCUCCCUCCCUCCCUCUCAGCCGGCGCCACGCCCUUCCUCUGUUCUGCAGAGAGUGCAUCACAUGUUACAGGAGCGGCUGUAUAUGUGUGUAUAUAUGUGUAAUGUGCAUACAGUUAGCAGCAGCAGCAGCAGACCCCUGAUGACACGUGCUUGGUUUUUUUGUUGUUUUUUUCCAACGGGGGAGGGGAGAGGGUUUAUUAUUCCUUUGUGCUCCUCUUUGCUCUUGUGUGUAAAAAUGCACAGAAGAUUAACAGAGCAGUAAUGGAGAGAGUGUGAGAGCGAGGGAGGGGGGGAGACAGAGGGAAGGUGGGUGGGCGAGGGGAGCAGCUAUGGUCGAAUGCGCAGGUAUUUCCAGAGUGAAGCCCGCGUCUGGAGCCGGAGCGGCGUCCCAGCUCUGUGCUGCUGCACUCUGAACGUGCGUUGAGAGCUAAAGAGCCGCGGUGAGCUAUAAAUAGACGCGGGCGCUCUGUGAUCCACGGCCCUGCGUCCUCCACAGACGCUGAGAGAGAAACCAAGCCCUUUCUCCUUCUCCUCCUCCUCCUCCUCCUCAUCAUCAUCAUCAUCAUCAUCAUCAUCAUCGUCUGUCCUGUUUUCUCCCUUUUCCCUCUGGAAUGUGUGUUUUAUUCUUGGCUGUACUCGACGUCAGAACAGAGCCCCAGGAGACCCCCCCUCCACCAACACCAUUAACCCCCUCUCCUCCAUCUUUAAUUGGCAUGGAGGCAUCGGACUGAGUGCAGGCCUCUCAGAUUAUGUAACGGCAUUCAGUCCAUACACUUGGAAUGACCUUUAGGAUUGGAAUUGUUUCCUCUGGUAUUUAAAUGAGAAUAAUAACAUUAACUCCAAUAUGAAAGUGCAUCUUUUUCACCAGAGGAAAUGACAGUAGACCAAAUAUAAUGAGGGAUUUGAUCAUUUUGGAUUCACAAUUUGUUCUUUUCAGCUCCAGAAUCUCCUCAGCACUGACUUCACUGAGCUGCUUCUUUAAUCAUCAUUGUUAGGAGGUUCAUUUUUCACCUCAUCUUUUGUGCUUUUGAUUUUUUUCUUAGAAUCUCACAAAAAAAUGCAGUAUUCCUGGUGACAUCAGGUCAAAGGUCAGGUACUCUUUACCCAUACUGCAUCACUGCCAGACAACUUUAGACGUGAGCCCAAAUACGGCCCUCAAACGUUGUCCUUUUUCGGGAGUUUCGUGGUGACUUGUCCAUGUGUAAACCCCGAUGCCAAAUACCAAAUGGUCCACGUUUGGUCCAGUUCUGUCAGCUGUGACCACUUUUGGCUGGUAAUCUGUGGCAAACCAGAUCGUACUGAACCGAACCGUACCGUCAGAGUGCCAUCAUUCUGUGCCAUACGUGGGGUGAAAUGUCAGUAUCUUUUCAGUCAGAGGAGAGCACUGGUCAGUCCAUUACAGCACAUAUGAAGAACAACUGACCCCAACAUUCACACCUGUGGUCAGUGUAGACUCUCCUGUAACCUUGGUGAACUCAAGCACAGCAGAACCGACACAGAACAAUGAAGUUCCUGCAGUGAGGGAAUAGCACAAACUGCUGCUUGAUGUUAGCUACUUAGCCCAGCUUCCAAUACUGAGGCUAAUAUCCUUUUAUUCCCUGUCAUGUCCCAACUGUCCACCAGGGUUUCAGCCAGUUUAGUCAGUAGAUUUUGUCUUACACCAGUUCUCCGCACAGUGAAGUCAGUGCUCACGAUGUAACAUUUCCAAAAACAACUAUCCUCUCAGAGAGAGUCACAGCAGCCACUGCAUGAUUCACCUCGCUGUAUUUUGCAUGUAGGCAGCACAGACCUUCACUUCUUCCUGUUGGGUUCAGUUUGGAUAAUAACAAAAGCCACCGGAGGCGAUGCGUCACCGUACCUGGACGUCAUCGUGACCCGGUGAUUUGGUUGAACCACAUCAGACCACCGGGCUGUGUUUUUUUAAACAGUAGGUCAUGAAGCAAAAAGGAAAAAAAAAACAUGGAUGCAGAAAAAGUCUGGUCAGACUAUCACUGAUCCUAGAUCUCUGCUGUUCGUUGCCGUAGUUUAACUUCACGUUGUUAAUAACAAUGAGCAGACCGUAGAUGUUCCUCUCGGGUCGUUCCCCGGCAGUUACGAGUCGUUCCUUUAACUCCAGCUCUGAUCACACGUUGUGAUCAGUUAGCUACAAUUUGGGAGAAGCUGAAAUCAACACUUUCCCUCCCACUCAUCACCAGCUGCUCCGCGUUAGCUCUCCAUUGUUCA